ACACGACACACUUAUACUUUGACACACAUACACAAACACACACACACACACACACACACUUUCUCUCCCUCUCUCCACCUCUCUCCCUCUUUCUCUGUGAGGCUGGCUUUGUCUCCACGCUGCUUCUCUGUGGAGAGCACCUCGCUCCUCUCCUCUCCUCUCUCCUCCGCGCUCCUCCGACCGGACGCCUCCCCGCAACGCGCCACCAUUCCCCCCCCGGAGAGCUCUGCGCUGGCAGCCCAGCCCCGGUCGCGGCUCAGCCUGGGGAGAAAGUCCCUGGUGGUGGCCGCCGUGGGGGUGAUGCUGGUGCUGGUGCUGGUGGUCCUCAUCCCCGUGCUGGUCAGCUCCGUGGGCGCCGCCGGGGACGCCGAGCAGACCCCCUCGCACUUUGAGAUGCUGGGCACCUGCAAGAUGGUCUGCGACCCCUUCACCAACACGGAGACGGGCGUCAUGGAAACAGGCGGCGGCGGUGGCGGCGCGACGACAGACCCCCCCUUGGACGACAACCACCUUCGGGACGCCUCGGACGCCGUCCGCCUCUCGGGCCCGUCGCCGCUGCCCACCUACGGAGUCUUCGGGCCGCAGGGCCGGCACGGACGCCCCGGGAAGCCCGGACCCCCGGGACCGCCCGGAGAGCCUGGUCCGCCGGGACCCAAGGGCCCGCCGGGGGACGGCGUGGACGUGGUGCGGGCGGGGGCCCUGGGCGCGGUGGGCGGUCGGGGGACGGUGAGCGCGGCCACGUACAGCACCAUGCCGCGCGUGGCGUUCUACGCGGGCCUGCGGAACCCGCAGGAGGGCUACGACGUGCUGCGCUUCGACGACGUGGUGACCAACAUCGGCGAGAACUUCCAGGGCCCCUCGGGGAAGUUCAUCUGCAAGAUCCCCGGGACUUACUUCUUCAUCUACAACGUGCUGAUGAGGGGCGGGGACGGGACCAGCAUGUGGGCCGACCUCAUCAAGAACGGCCUGGUGAGGGCCAGCGCCAUCGCCCAGGACCAGGACCAGAGCUACGACUACGCCAGCAACAGCGUGAUCCUUCACCUGGACGCCGGCGACGAGGUCUUCAUCAAACUGGACGGGGGCAAGGCUCACGGGGGCAACAGCAACAAGUACUCCACCUUCUCAGGGUUCAUGCUCUUCACAGACUGAGGGGGUGUCCAAAAGGCCAAAUCCACCGACAUCCACUUCCUGCCUUCCACUCGGCUCUCUGGCGAGGCAGGUUGGCGUUGUCUCUAGUCACUGAUCCAGUCCGUUAUGUAAUGUUUGUUUUUGUCUUUGUUCAAAAGAGAGCCCCCUGCGCUCGGAAACCCACAAAUGUUAUUUUGCGGUGAAUUUUCUUUCGGCAGCAUGACGUUUGGUGUGACAGAUUUUUUCAAAAGCAGAAACGUUUAUCCCCCCUUCCCUUCUAACACAGAUGGACAGCUUCUCUGUGCUUCCUGGACGUUGUGGGUGAUGUGCCUGUAUAACUCAAAUGUGUGAUGUCAGAACUAGGCCAGACCUAUCAUGGUCCAGUAAGCAAAAAAUAUUCAAAUUAUUUGGCGAGGGAGGGGGUAGGAAGGGGAGGCUAUUUCAUACAUCCCGUUAUUCUCAACGAGGGUUAUAAGGCAGUUUAUUGAAAAUAUGAUAUCUACAUAUUCAUAUUCAAAAUGAAACAUAUUGUAAUGUCGGGUGCAGGGGACUCUUCAUGGUGGCCAUCCGUUGCUCGUAGUAACCGUCUGCCUCAAGCGUUGUGCUGUUCCUUAUCACCCAUACGUCGUAGUACAACGUAUUACAGCGUGCCUGCCACUGUGGGGGGAGAAAGAGAGGAGACCCGUGUAAUUGGCUGAUUGAGACAGAGGCGAGCCACGCUAUUGGUGGAUUGAGACAGAGGUGAGCCAUGCUAUCGGUCGAUUAAGACAGAGGUGAGCCACGCUAUUAGUGGAUCAAGAGACGCAAGCCGCAUGAUUGGUGGAGAGAAAGAUAGGUGAGCCACGCUAUUGGUGGACAGGGAAAGAGGCGGGCCACCUGGAAUGACGUGAGCCAUAAGAUGGGUGGACAGAGAGUUGAAGCCAGGAUUUUAGGGUAAAAAAGACCAACCGUCAUCGUCAGCCGGGCAGUCGGGCUGUCACUCUGAAUCCUAGCGGUGGAUCCCUGCGCCCACGCGUCGUCCUUGUACCUGCCUGGCUGAGCAGGCGUUCUCUCACGCUGCCGCGGAUGGUCAUUUAGGAUGACAGACGCUUUCCUAAAAUGUUGUUUGCUUGUGUUUUUGUUGUGACUACCUGGAAACACCAUGUCAUGUGAUGUUAUGUUUUGCAUAUUGUGCAGGUGGGUAACAUUGUACAUUUUGAAAUUGAUAAUUGAUGUAUGAACACAUUCAGAGAAGUCUAUAUAUAUAUAUUUAUUUGUGUGUGUAAUAAAUUAAUAUUGCUGUUGGUCGUUACUCUAAUGAUACUAAAUGUGUGAGAGAAUCACAGGUGAUUUAUAAAUCUAUUCAUUUGUGAUCUCGGAAGUAAAAAUACAUUUUAUUGUAUUCAUUGAUGAUGGUGACGAUAACAAUGAACAAAUGGCUAUGCUUGAUGAGAAAUCAAAUGUAACGUAGUCUUUUUUUCUAAUCUGUUCUUCAAUGUUCAUGCCUUUGCUAAUAAACAUAGGGUCUCAUAA